ACUGAGCUAUCUCUAUGUCAGUCUUCUCAACACGGCAAGCAUGGGAGACAACAGAGUUAUAUCUAUCAUGUUGAGCAAUGAAGCAUUGCUGCAGCGACUGGCAGCAUCCCUCACGGUGAUAGAUGAGCAUGAGACGCUUCCCGACCAGCUCUCAAGCCACGGAGACGUGCCUGCUAUUGCUGGGCUCCUGGUGGCAGCGCUCGCCAAGUUCCAGCACCAGUCUGGUAUAAAGUCCUCGGUAGUUGUAUUAGCAACAAUUGAAUGGCUGAUGGAUGGUAUGUGCAGCGAUAGACCACUGCAUCAAGUGUCUUGCUUACAUUUGUGGACUGCAUGGUUCCACGGUGCAGCCAACAGCCUUAGCCCUGUUCUUGACGUCCGUCGGAAGAAAAAGUUAUCGUUUUUGAAGGAUGAGGAUGGACAGCUCGAUAUCAAUAGCAGAGACUUGAGACUUCUCACUUUCCUGUUACUGAACAUCAUUGCAAAGGACGUGGGACUGGUGCAGCAGUGUGCAACUGACUGCAUUCGCGUAUUGCUCAUUUACACAGAAGAAAGAAGUCCAACUGUCGCACAUCACCUGAUUGUGCAGCCAUGGAAUCAGCUCCUGCUUCUGAACAUCAGCGAGUCUCAUGCCAGCAUGCCAGCAGCAGGUGCCGUCUUCUCUGUCUUGCUCACGCUGGUUGAAAGAAAUGUAGAGAGCAUAACCAUUGACAAACUAAUAUUAUGGAGUAUUCAAUGGUUGAACAGCACACACGUAGAGAGACUUCUUCAGCUAAAAGAGAGCAGCACGUGCAUUGAUCUUAUAGAAAAGGUGUUAACAAGUAAACAACGUCGUCCUAAGCUGGACAGCCAGGUGCAGAAAUCUCUCAUAUCAACACUAGAGGAGUUGCGGAACCACCUCCAAAGAGACAAGUUGGAUGUCAACUGCAGGUGUCCUAGAGAAAUAAUGUUUCAUGGUAGCGUGCCCCUGUGCACUAAUCUCUUCUCUAAAUGUUGCAAGAUCAGACUGUCUAAAGUACAACAUCUUUUGGGUAUUCUCACCUAAACCUUUACCUGCUGCUGUGUGAUUUCAAAGUUAGGUUUAAAUGCUUAUUACCUGAGCAGAAACACUUCAGAGCGAGCAGGUCUAUUCUUUUCACGUUGUCGUAGUCAUAUCUGUUAGCAACUCAUUUGCAUGGGUAGCAUUCACUGACUUGCAUCCUAUGUACAAUCAUAGGGAAAGCGUGCAUAAUUUGAAUAGUUUCACUUAAAAAUAACAGCUUUGACAAAUACUAUGCUUUAUAAUGUCGAAUCAAGCAAAUAUUUGAAUAAAAAAUGUAUUAAACCCCACAGUGUGUUAAGAG